AUGUUGGAGCAGCCCCGCAGGUCGCGUCGAUCGUCGAUCACUGAACAUCUCAACCGCGUGUUUAACAAGUCCCAGGAGAAACGCUACAGUUCUUAUGGUGACAUUGUGCCUCCGGCUGUGCGUCGUGAGGCAUUUGGGCACGAAAAGAGAGCAAGCGAACAUUCGUGGAACACGCGCUCGUUGAACGAUGACACUGGUCCAAGUUCAACUUCCUAUUGUUCCAUGCACUCUCGUUUGCCUUCUACUGGCACACCUGGCUCUAGCCCAUCAGUCGCACCGGUUGGAGCCCCUGAAGAUGACACGCCAACUCAGCCAAUGACACCGCUGGCCAUUAGCAAAUCCAACGAUGGAGACAAGAUCUGCAAAUCCCCAACCUGGGAUACAAGCAAAAAGGAAAAACGCGUCACAAAGCGAUUGGAGGCUGAGAGGAAGGAACUCGAGAAGCGUUUGCAAGCCCUCGAGGAGGCUCAACUCAAUGUAGACCAUGGAAUCUACGACAGGAAUUCCCGUCGACUGACCAAGAAGCAACCUGUCAGCACCUCGAGCAGAUCUUCCAGUGCAAACAGGGAACGAUACCGAUCGUCUAGCUUCUCUUCGCUUUUUAGACGCUCUCGUUCAAACUCCAAUGCCAGUGAUACCGACUUCAAGUGUGCCGAUGCCAGCCAGCUUCGAACAGAUACUAAUCCCCCAUCUCUACCUUUGACUCUGCCAGAAAGAUUUGGCACAGCCAUCACUCGAGAGCUGGCUUCGAAACACGGCACAUCUUUGAAUCUAUCCGCCCACCAGCAAAAGCAGAACCAGCAGAACCCAAUGAACUCGGCAAAUUCAAUGCAACGCCGACUGGCCCUGCAUUCGGCAGCCAAGUCUGAUGACCUUCGCGAGAGUUGGAAAAUGGCCGAGGCAUGGAAGACAAAGAAUGACGAAAAUGUUCCAAAUCCGCUAAUGCCUGAGCAGACACAGGGCAAUGUCAGUGGCUUGCCUAAAUCCCCACACGGUGCUCAAGGUAGCGAGAAUACUAUCCCGCGUGACUUGGAUCGUGAGCAGUUCUCUGCGGUGCUGAAACACGAUCGGAAGAGUGCUCCAGUGAAGGACCACUCCCUUGAGCGUCUCAAUCAGAAUGAUCGCUCAACCAGGGUUGUCAGCAUGCCAAUAUCGAAAACCUCCACACAAGCUGACCUUCAUCAGCAUGCAUCGCCCGUUCUCAAAGUGUCCACAGCGCGGCAGCUGCAGGCAAUCCCCCCUCCAGAAACUAUAGAGAGUGUAUCAAGUUCAUCUGCUGCAUCAACCGUUGCAUCAAAUCAUCCUCUCAACCUGAUGCAUGCAAACUCUACAGGGAACCUUGUCAAACCAGUUCGGUUGGACCCCAAUACCCAUACUCAACCAAAGAUCUACAAAUCUUCCCCUCUUGCUUUGAACCCUGCAACCACGGACGACAUGGCUCAGAGAAAUUCUAGGAUCCCAAAGGCACCGACAAUGUCAGAUCUCCAUGCCAACGCAUCGCAGCAAGCACGAUACCCCCUUCAGCCACUUCAGCGUGAUGACGCUCGAGGGAGAAGUCGCUUGCCUACAUCUUCUGGUACCAGCCAGCAGAGUCGAUUCAAGGAAAACUUUCAUGAGGGUCCAGAAUCAUCUGAACCGCCACAGAUACCGACCAAAAGUAAACGGCGAAGUCAAGACAGCUGGAGGCAAUCAACUGCUUCAAUUGAUAAUGGUUCACCGCAUGCAUCAAAAGACGGUCCAGCUCCUUUCAAGGUGGCUGUUGUCCAAUCUCCUUUCCACACGGGUAAUUCUUCCUCUGAUGAGAAAUCUCAUACGUCCUCCGACAAGGAGAACAAACGGACAUCCAAAAACCUGUCCGAUGGUAACUCUGUUCCUGCAAGAUCUCCCCGUCGAAGCUCUUACAAUUCGAAUGAUACAUUGGGGAACCAGGAGAAGCAAAGGGGACCUGGAGGAUUCAUUUCAGGGCAUAACCGCACGCCGUCAUACACUUCUUCCCAUGAUGGACAUUCGAACUACGAUACUGCGGAUGAGGAUGCGGCUGAUUCUCCCGGAUUGCACCGCGACCCACUGAAUCGCGUGGAAACUCAGCCCGAGGCCACCACGGAGACGACUCCCAAAGACCUCCCUGCAAGUCGACCGCCUCAACAUGGCAGCCAACUCAGUGACCAACCUGAUACUCCUCCGCUCAAAAACGGCCCUAUGAGUAGUUUGAAAGGAAGGUCCCAAAAGAACAAACCGCCUCGCAUACCCCAAACCAUCGCCAAAAUCUUCGUUAUCUGCUGCCGCUGCAAAUACUGGCAAGACAUGCCUUCCGACGUCUACGCCCGACUUGCCUGCCCAGAACGUCUUGGUACAGAGUUUAAGCUUGGUCGAUCCCGUUCAAAGAAGCAUAAUGUGCUCAUCCCAAACCACAGUAAUAACCGGCGACACUCUGGCUCACAAACAUUCGGAAACCUUUCUAUUUCCCGUGGCUCUCGGACUACACCUGAUUUACGCCCAGCUCCUCUUUCGCCUCAUAAAGUUACUUGCUGCUGGUGUGGUCACAACAUGAGCCGGUCUUGCUGUGAGGGAUGGACUACAAUUGUUGAGAUGCGCGAGCGUCAUCAUUGA